GUGAUCUUGUCAAACACGGUUCUUCGCUCGGUAUCGUUGCAAACAGAAAAUCGCGCAUCGUUGUUUUUGUGAAAAAAUCGUGUGAAUAGUGUCCUCAUUUUGAUCGAGUUGUAUCUAACUGCGUAGUGAAUAUUCAGCGCUUCAUUUUGCGAUACUUUUCAAUUUGAAAUAGCGACGUUUGGAGGAUAAAAUCGCGAAAACAUUUUCGCCAAUUUGGGUGACAGUGAUCUGAGUCGCUAACAUUUUCGUCGUCCAUGUAAAAGUAUCAUUUUUGAGGUUUCUCUUUCACGGAGCAUUCGCGUUCGUUCGUUCGGUCGGUCGUUCGAUAUUACUUUCGCGAUUUCGAGUUCUCUGUACGUGUGAUUGAGUUGAUACGCGGUGUCCCUCCGGUGUUUUUGAUCGUUUUAUAGCUAUCAACCUAUACAAAGCGUGAAAAGGGGUGACACGAGAAAGUGGGUGAGCAGUGUGUGAAAAAUAUCGCGGAGAAUAUGUGAAUGGAAAAGGGAAAAACCAAGUGAAGCGAUUGGUUUCAUCAAAAUACCGUCACCCGCGGGAAAUUGUUAAAUACCAUCACACGAAAGCAGUGAAUGCAAAUAUUUUCAGUGAAUAAUUCGUUAAAGAAAGUUACAUACAAAAGAGGAGAAGAAUAAUGCGAAGGCUUUUGUUUAUUUGAUCAAGUUUUACGCAAAGAUCGUGUGUAUGAAGUGAAGUGAAAAGCAGUUUCAAAUCGAGAUUGAUCAUUGAAGAGAGUGUUCCGCUCAAAGAGAAGAAAACAAAAGAAAAGGGGGUUUUUCGCACUGCAAAACGAAAGGUAAAAGCACGAUAGCCAAACAAAGGAGAGCCCACUUUUCCCGUUUCUGAUCGUCGUCCAUGCGAAAAAGGAAUAACGCAGAGUGAAAUUGUAUUUGUGUGCUAAUUGCUGUGUUGGUGUGCUUUGCGUUGCCGGUUCGUUCCAACACAGGUUCUGGUUCAGUGAUUUGCAAACGGCUGUUUUUCUUUCUUAUUGUCCUAUGUGAAAACGUUGUGACCUCAGAGCCAAGAGUCUCUACAACACAGAGGGUACGAACCUGUAGCGUGCACCUGGAUAAUGAACGAGAACUGAAGUUGGAAUAGGCGAGACUUAUUGAUCCAUACGUCGGGCCGGUUUUAAAGACUCACGCACGCCGCCAAUAGCCAGAUUGCUGUUGCUCGCUAUUUGGAGAUAGGAGCCCCAACCAAGAUUAUCUCAUUUCGCCCCACCACCAAAGCCGGCUGCUCGCCACCGCGAGCAAUUAGUUAGUUUGCAGUGCUGCUGUCUUUCUGUCCACCACCACCACCACCUUCCUCCACACCGGAGACCGGCCCAUCGGCUCGAGGUCCAAAUGCUCCUGACGGAACUGAACUGAUGCUUUCCUCGCCGGUGCGGCAAUGUCAAUGAACGAAAAACGAAUGCUCGACCGCGAAACGCUUCGUUCCGUUAUCCAGCAAUGGAACACGGUACGGCUGGAUAUUUUUGCUCUCUCGGAGCCCAACGAGAAUUUGGAGUUUCACGGUGUGAUGCGGUUCUACUUCCAAGAUGAAGGUCAAAAGGUUGCUACCAAAUGUAUCCGGGUGGCAUCCGAUGCCACCGUGUCCGAUGUGAUAGAAACCCUCAUCGAAAAAUUCCGGCCGGACAUGCGGAUGCUGUCGCUGCCAAACUAUGCGCUCUACGUGGUGCAUGCCAACGGUGAAGAGCGGAAGCUCAAUCCGGACGAAAAACCGCUGCUGGUUCAGCUCAACUGGCACAAUGACGACCGGGAAGGUCGUUUCCUCUUGAAAAAUUGCGCCCAGAAAACCAACACUCUCGACAGCAUUACCGACCAGCAGCCGAGCUUCAAGCGGAAGUUAUCGAAGAGAGAAAAGAAGGAGCAGAAGAAGAAGGAAAAGCUCUCCAAAAUGCAGUCCGCUGGAGGUGCCGAUUCGGAGAAUCACGUUGCUGAAAAAUUGUACACCGAACUCCCGGAAACGUCCUUCACCCGGUCCAUCUCCAACCCGGAAGCGGUGAUGCGACGGCGUCGUCAGCAAAAGCUCGAGAAAAAAUUGCAACAAUUUCGGUCCCGGGACGGUGGCCCCGACACCGGCGGAACGUUGAAAAUCUACGGCGAAAGCCUCUGCCGGGACGUGCCGUACAAAACGUUACUGCUCUCGAUACGCGACUGUGCCCAGGCGGUGGUCCGCGAAAUGCUCGCCAAGUACGGUAUGGAUAAAGUGGAUCCGCUGCACUACUGUUUGGUUCAGGUUAACAGCGACGGCUCCGAGUACAUUCUGGACGACGACGAGUGUCCGCUAUCGAUUCUGAUGAACCAUCCAACGUCUCGGGGAUCCAUAAUGUUCCACGUUCGCCGACGACCGGCCGACUCGCAGCCCCGGAGGCGGAAGAAAAAGCCCCUCGGCGUGUCGAACGGGGGUGGCAAUUUGGGCAGCGACCGCGAGGGUCCGAUGCUGAUCGAAAUCACCCACAGUGGCGACGGGGGUCGGCGGGUCAAACUGGGCACGGAACCGAUCGAGGUCGGCUCGGCCAACACCAAUGCGCUGCAGCUGUUUGGCCCCUCGAUCCAGGCACGGCACUGUCUGAUUUCGAUGCACGACGGCGUCUGUACCGUGACCCCGCUGCACGCCGACGGGACCACCUUCGUCAACGGGCACCACAUCCAGCAGCCGACGAUACUGCAUAACGGCUCGGUUGUAAUGUUCGGUCGAGUGGCGUCGUAUCGUUUCGUGGAUUCCCCAUCCGAUGGUCGCUACAACCUGGCCCUGUCGCAGUCCCAGCUCGAUUCGGCCUGCCUGUACGAGAGUCGAUCGCCAACUUCGCCGACAUCCUGGAACGAGGAGGAAAGCCGCCCGAUCAGCCCGGUCAGUUCACAGAUCCAACCGAAGGGGAGUUUUUUAGAUGGCCCCGACAACAACGGUGGACCGGUGAUCAACAACAAACUGUUGGACCAAGGUCAGAUUACGAAGCCGCCAUCAUUCGACAUUCAGCAUUCGCAACCGCCACCCCAGCCACCGCCACACAUCCAUCAGACGCAGAAUUUGCUAAUGACCAGCAUCGACUCGACGGACGCGGCCUCUACGACCGGCGGAGUAGCACUGAACGACGACCCCAAAAGUAACCUUGUUACACACGGCGGUGGAGGUGGUGGCGGUCCCGGUAGCAGUGAAUUCAACGAAAACGACGUUGGUAAUUUGGAGACGGAAACGAAAUCGAUUUCGAGUCUGAAAUCUAUUGGAUCGACCCAAGACAGGACAAGUACAUUCCCCAAGCUGCAACCGUCACACACGGCAGCGUCGAUUUCGAGUGAACCCGGUGGCCAAGAGCCGAUCCUACCGGCGGUGCUUGAGUUCCCAGAACAACACCAGGAAGCAUUUCUGCAGGCCGUCAUCAGUGAACUGGACGUCAAUUCCCCUAAUUUUAAGCUAGCCCCCGUAUAUACGCUCUACCUGUGCGCGAGAUAUCGCGCCUCUACCCACUACCGUCCCGACCUGCAGCCCACGGAGCGUGCCCACAAGCUAACAGUAUUCCUUCAUCACGUUGCCAAUCUGAUCCAGAACGUCGUUCAGGAGCAGUACACCGAUGCCAAAAUCCUGUCCUUUUGGAUGGCCAACAGUUCGGAGUUUUUGCAUUUCCUCAAAUCGGACCGGCACAUUUCCGCCUUCAGCGUCCAGGCCCAGGAGGUGCUGGCCGAGAGCGUACAAACCGCAUUCCGCAACCUGGUGUCAAUUUUCCACGUCGAGCUGUCGCAAACGUUGAACCAGUUUCUGUCGGAAAACAUCGACCACGAUUCCGCCGCGGGGCUGGUCCUUUCGGUGCUGGGGUCGGCCAUGGCACUGCUGCGCCGGUGCCGCGUCAAUGCCGCCCUCACGAUACAGCUGUUCUCGCAGCUAUUUCACUACAUCAACGUUGUUUGCUUCAACAAGUUCGUAACGACAUCACAUAUGUGCACCAGUGCUUGGGGUAAAGCGCUGAGUGAGCGGCUCUCCCUGCUAGAAUUAUGGGCUGAAAAGCAGGGAUUGGAACUGGCAGCUGAUUGCCAUCUUGCCAAAAUCAACCAAUGUGCACAGUUUCUGCAGGCACCGAAAACCUCCGUUACUGAAGUGCAGCAAUUAGCUUGUUCGUGUUUCCGGUUGAAUUCGCUGCAGAUGGCGGCUUUGCUAUCGCAGGAAACCAUUCCACGGAAUUUGAUCGAUACGGCUGUGCGAAUGGCCGAAUCUGUGGCGGAUGAGCUGAGUCGAGCAGAUGGGCGAGAGAUACGGUUAGAGGAAUCGGCGGAACUGCCCCUCGCGCUGUUACUGCCUGACGAUGGGUUCAGCUGCGAUGUGGUGCGAGGCAUUCCCGCCGGUUUGGUGGACUUUCUGAGUCCGUUCCAAAUGGCGAACAUGUGCCGGCUGGCUUCGCAACCGACCAGCAUCGGGCUGUGGACGGUUUAUAUGCAUCAGUUCAACCAGGGACGUUCACCCAGUGUCAUGUCCAGUAAGCUGCCUCAGCCGGAAAUACAAAUCAUCAAACUGCACAAAAAUGCCAAUGGAAUGGGGCUUUCGAUUGUAGCGGCCAAGGGCGCUGGUCAAGAGCGACUUGGAAUUUAUAUCAAGUCGGUAGUGACGGGAGGGGCAGCAGAUUUAGACGGUCGGUUACAAGCUGGCGAUCAGCUUCUGGAAGUCGACGGACAAAGCCUAAUUGGUAUCACACAGGAACGAGCGGCGGAUCAUCUGGUGCGAACAGGACCAGUGGUGACGCUGAAGGUUGCCAAACAGGGUGCCAUUUAUCACGGGCUGGCUACGCUUCUACAACAGCCGAGUCCAGUUAUCCAGCGAGGUGGCAGACGAAUGUCCGAACGAGACAUGACACGCAUAGGCACCAGCGAUUCCAGCAAACCCCCGAUACCUUCCCCUUCUGGACACCCACCACUACCCAACAGCAAAUCGGUACCAGCUCUGCACCACGUUGGUAAUAUUGGUUCUACAGCCAACAAAUCUCGUAGUAUUCAUAAUCUGGCUGGAGGUGCCAGCCAAGAUCAAGGAUUCUAUCAAAACCUCAGCGUCUAUCGUACUCAAAACCAGAGCCACCCUAAUUUGGGAGAACGACCCCCAAUGCCCAUACAAGCAUCACUCAAUUCUCCGGGCGCAUCUAUCAGCAGUGGCAGCAGCAGUCACCAGCAUCAACAAGCCCAGCAGCAGCAACUUUCAACCCGUCCAGUAUCAGCCUAUUUCAAUAGCAAUAACAGCACCACCAACAAUACAAACAACCUAUUACUGACCACACAAACCGGUUCGAUGUCCUACGGUAUGCCGCCUUCACAACAGCAGCACCCCCCUCUAAGUAGCAACAUCUCUCAUCCGAAUCUUGCAGCAGCGACAGCUGGUUCAGCUCAAAAUCGGCUACAGAAGCUUCCUCCACAGCAGACUAUGAUCGGUAACAAUUUUGUUCGCGAUUCCCAAGGCCAACAGAGUUUGCGGCUCAACCAGAUGAUGGCACCGUCGAUGCCAAACAUAGCACAUUCCUUCCAGCAUCAGCAGCAUCAACAACAGCCGGGACCGCAUCAGCAUCCCUCGCAGCAUCCGGGUGGUAUCUCUGCCAGCCAGAGCAUGCAAAACGUGAACAUGAUCAGCGGGGGUUCGGGAGGAGCUAGUGGGUUCGGCUAUCAAAACGGUAGCCCCAUGAUGUCCCCUCAGCUUUAUCCCAACGAGCAACAGCAGCAUGCCUCGCUACUUCGUGGCCAAGCGAAGCUAGCAGAGAUGAAUGAGCUAAUCAAACGACGCAAUCAAGCUGUGCCGCCAUCCCAACAACAACAGCAACAGCGCCUUCAAAAUGUAGAUUCUUCAAUGAUGCCAUCUCCUUCUUUGCCGCAACAGCAGCAGCAGCAACAGCAACAACAUCAUCCUGGCUUCAGCGGUGCUAGUCCUCAUCCGAGUACUCCUCUGAGUUCACACAAAAAUCUCCCUCCGAGUACAGCUCCCAAACCUCAACUCCGUCCGGGAUUGCCGUCUGACCAAGACCAACCUCCACUUCCACCUUCUGCAACGCAUCCUCUGUUCAAAAUUGCUCCAAACAACAACUCAACGGCGUAUAGUUCAUCAGAACCACCAAAAGUAGGAUUCUAUCCAUCACAAGUGCCACCUCAAAAUAAGAACGUCAAUGCCGGAGGCAAUCCUUGGGAACGCGAAGAAAAAGAAAAAGAAACUGAAAUGCGCCGUGAACAUAUCCGCGCUUGGCGCGAUCAGCAAAUAGCUGAUAUACAAUCCUUACCUCAAAGGACCCCCCAACAGGACGAUCUUCUACGCACACUCAUGCUAGAACGAGAUUUUGAAAGACGCGCCAUGGAAGAAGACCAAGACUUCGAUAACGAAACUUCUCCAUACGGAAAGGACCCAUCAGUUCACGAAGUUUUACGACUGGCCCAGAACCAAAACACAAUUUCUGCUCCACUCACCAAGAUGAAGCAAGUGGAUAUAAAAAUGCCUUCAGUACAAACCCCCGACGCUCUGUCAGAUUCAAACGAACAGUCACCAACAUCCGUCGCCAAUACGAUUGCGAACUUCCAGCAACAGGCCGGUGGCUCAGCAGUCCAACCGAAGAGCAUUCUCAAACACAAUAGCAGCACACCAUCAUCCCCAUCGAAAAACGCUGCGAAAUCCGCUAGCUUCGCUCACCACGACAAGCAAUUCAAUCUGAGCGAAAUAACGAUGAACAAUACAAACGCCAACCAACUCAUGUCCCAAAUGGCGGUUGACAUGAAUCAGCUCAAUAUAGCCGACCGUGUCGACGAAGAACUUAACGAACAUCAAUCCGCUAUCAACGGCUACCUCCAAGAUCCCUCAUCUCAAAACAACAAUGCGUCCAUUGCUCCUCCGCCACCUCCUCCUGAACGCAACAGCUCAUACAUGAUCAUGCAACAGCAGAAAAUCCGCGGUAGUGCCACCAAGCUGACAUUUAAUAGCAACCUGAUCACCACUCCAGAUCAUCAAGCCCAGCAGCAGCACCAACAGCAACAAAACCUUCUCAACAACAACCAAAACCCCAUUCAAAACAACACGUUGCCGCGGUACAGCAGUAGCCUUGCCGCAAACACCACACCAUCGAACCCGUCCACCGGCAGCAGCAGUAGUAUGCUGAAUAACAACGCGGCAUACAAUGCCGCCUUCCGCGAUAACAAACGGGUUUCGUUCCACGAUGAAGACGCCUUGGCUGCCGCCAUGGCCAAUGCGAUGAACAACAACGGCAGCGCUGCGGGUGGAAACAACGGACCCAUGAUGGGUAGCAGCUACACCGAAGCGGGGCACCUGAUCGGAAGCAGCGGAGAACAGGCCGGUGAGCUGGGAACGAUCAUGGAGCGACCGGAUCCGGAUCGCUUCAUCGACGAGACCAUGCCGGCAAUGCUGCACACCCCGACCACUCCAGAAACUGAAGGUUGGAACAUGCAGGUUCAAAUCACCCCGGGCGUCAUCGGUGCUCAGGAAGUCUACCGUGAUCCUCGCACCCGCCGGUUGGCCGAACAGCAGCAGAAACAGAAAACGGAACCCGUUCCCGAGAAGCUGUCAUUCAAGGAGAAGAUGAAAAUGUUCGCACUUGAAUCGGGCGAGAACAACACCCCUAAGGACAAGCUGAAAAUAUCCCGCGCCCAAAGAGAUAUUGAUGCCGUGCAUUGAAAGAAAGAGCAGAAUAGUACCCUCAUAUCCCUCCAAGAUCAGCUCACAUACACUCAAAUACUACCAUAUGUACUACACAGUAGCAGUCGUAUGCCUUUUUAUGCCUUUUUUCCCAGGACCACAGAAGAUACAACAAGUUUUAAGUGCAGGGUGAAUCGAUAAAUUAGCUUAGUGCAAGCUUAUUCGGAACAAAUCUGUAUUAUGUGGGUAGUAUUACAAUUGACGACAUGUGACAAAGGACAAAGCUAUUUCCUUUAUCAUUUGUAUGAAGCAAACUGCAGAUUUUUUUUUCGAAGUGCUGUUUGACCACCACUAUGUGAAUGAACAAACGAUCGAACGAAGAGAUGAAUUGUGUAUAAAUUUAGUGAAAUAGGAGGAAAAUAGUGGUUUUUGUUGUUACUUCUUUAGAGGUGUAUAGAAAAGUUAAACUGUUAAAGUGAACAAGAAAGAUAAUGUUAUUCUACAUUAUUGAACUGUAAAACGCUAGAAGGGAAACAACAUAUAGAAAUCCUAUUGUAAUUGUGUAACACUCUCCCUCUGCUUAACAUAAUAUUUAGAAAAUCAUGAAUGAAACUAUCGAAAUGAUAGAACUGCGAACACACUAGAGGAACCCAUUGGACCAAAAAUGAAGAGAAAACAUAUUUUCAUUUUUUUUAUAGAUACUUUUUACAGCAGCAAACAUAAUUAGAGCAACGUGUAAAAUUUAAUGAAUGUGUAUUUUUGAAACACCCAAUCGAGAAGAAAAUAUACAAAGAAUGGAAGACAGUUUUGGUCGUGACUGGUCGUGAGAGAUCCGAGAAAAGAAACUGUGGUAUAAGAGUGGAACAAUUGGAUACAAACCUUUUUAAAAAUGUUGAAGAAACUAUUCGUAUUGAAGUCCUAUAUAUGCAUAGAGUGUUAGAUAUUUUCCAUACUAUUCGACAUAAGUGACCUACAAAACAACUUCGAAUUCCCUCCCCAUUUUUGGAUACAAAGUUAAUAGUUUUUCGGUCAAUUUUUGCCUCCAAUUGUAUCAGCUGGUUUUGAAAUACAAUUUUAAUAACAGAACAUAAAACUGGUAUUUAAACACCUUGUGAAAUAUACGAUUACGAUUUGAUAGAUGUGUACUUUUAUUAUAAAACAUACUGUUUCCCUAAUUAAAAUGCAUUUUAUCGCUGAAAUAAAUAUUAAAUGUAGUAGUGGAGCUUGUUAAUAAAUAACUACACCACAGUUAUUCAAGUGAGAUCGUUCAGUGAAUAAAGAAACAAAACAAGCUUAGCAAUUAUAUAUAUAUAAAGAAAAUGAGCUAUGAAGCUCGUGUGAAUUAAGAAAGAUCUUGUUACGCAGAAACAAAUCUUUUUUAGGAAAGAAAACAACAAUGGAAUGUUUAGGGAAAAUGAUUUUAUUUGUUAUAAAAUAUUUUUAAUAUAAUCUUUGAUAAAAAAAACCUUUGAUAGGAUUCUAUAUAUUCAAGUCCGUUUAGUAGAAACUAAUGGAGAUAUAAGGCAUCCUCAAUAGCAACAAGUAGAUAACGAACUCCUCAUUUCAUCGAGUCAUGGAGGUUGAUUUAAAACUGAUGAAAUUAUUCCACACAACUCAGAACUAUUGCAAAUCGAAUAACACAGCACCAACACCCCAGUUUUGCACAGCACGUACGCCAAUUAAAUAUAAAAGUAUGUCAAGAUACACUUCAAAGCAAGAAGCAUAACAGCAACACAGUUAUCUCAGUAUAGUUGCGCUAUCAUUAUUAUAUACUGUAUUAGAAGAAAGAGAAAACUCAUAAUGGAGUAGAUUUUAACAUAAAAUAGUAACUUGCAGCAACUAACAUGAACACGCAAAAACACACCAGCACCCACAGACCACCCCUUUCCCUUCGAUGAGAUCAUAUACAUCAAAACAUAUAAAUGUUAAAAAAUGA